AUGGCACUCCCAUCGAACCUCCAACCUGACGAGGCGAGCCCCGAGUGGCUCAGCAAGGGUGACAAUGCUUGGCAACUCACGGCUGCCACGCUCGUUGGCAUGCAGAGCGUGCCAGGCCUUGUCAUUCUCUACGGAAGCAUAGUGAAAAAGAAGUGGGCAGUGAACUCCGCCUUCAUGGCUCUGUACGCCUUCGCAGCAGUCUUGGUCUGUUGGGUCGGCUGGGGCUACCAAAUGUCGUUCGGGGACGGGCUUUUCCCAUUCCUUGGCCGACCCAAUGUGGCCAUGGACCAAGCCUUCCUGCUGAAAAAAACAUUCAGUGGGUUUCUUCCAAAUGCAACCAUGAUUUAUUUUCAGUUCGUGUUUGCAGCCAUUACGUUGAUUUUGAUCGCCGGGGCUUUGUUGGGGAGGAUGAACUUUCAUGCAUGGAUGUUAUUUGUACCCCUUUGGUUGACAUUUUCUUACACAAUUACUUGUUAUAGUAUUUUUAACCCCCAAGGCUGGUUGUAUAAGAUGGGGCUUAUUGACUACUCUGGUGGCUACGUCAUUCAUCUCUCUUCUGGUGUUGCUGGUUUCACUGCUGCGUACUGGGUUGGGCCAAGGGCAACCAAUGACAGGGAGAGAUUUCCACCAAACAACAUUCUGCUGAUGCUUGCUGGGGCGGGCCUACUUUGGAUGGGGUGGAGUGGAUUUAACGGUGGAGAUCCUUACAUGGUGAGCACAGACGCAUCUCUGGCCGUCCUCAACACCCACGUGUGCACUGCCACUAGCUUGCUGACGUGGCUCUUGCUUGACAUUGCUUUCUUCGGGAAGCCCUCUGUGAUCGGCGCUACUCAGGGCAUGAUCACUGGCUUAGUUUGCAUUACUCCUGCUGCAGGAGUGGUACAAGGUUGGGCAGCAAUCAUAAUGGGAAUGAUGUCAGGAAGCAUCCCAUGGUACACUAUGAUGGUCCUCCACAAGAAAAACGGCAUCCUAAAGCAAGUCGAUGACACCAUGGCCGUGUUCCACACCCACGCCGUGGCCGGAAGCCUAGGUGGCAUCCUUGCCGGCUUCUUUGCCCACCCGAGGCUCUGCCGUAUAUUCUACUUAACCAACAAUUGGGAACACUACAUUGGCCUUGCCUAUGGAUUGCAAAGUGGCCAUGUCGGUGCAGGGUUUAAGCAAAUGGGAAUCCAAUUCCUAGGAAUAGUGUUUGUGGUUAUAGUCAAUGUGAUCACCACUAGCAUCAUUUGCUUGUUCUUGAGGUGUUUCAUUCCACUCAGGCUCGACGACGACGAGUUACAGGUCGGUGAUGACGCGAUCCACGGCGAGGAGGCUUAUGCAUUGUGGGGAGAUGGAGAGAAGUAUGAUGGUUCCAAGCAUAACUCAGUUUAUGGAAUGGAAGAGUUUCCCAUGAAUGCGCCUAAAGCUGAGCCAUGAAGUUGAUAUGCUUUUUUUUUUUUUUUUUUUGUUAAUUUCUACUUUUAUUUGUAUUUGUAUUUGUAUUUUGGUUUCUUGCAAGAAACGUAAACCUCGUUUGGAAGUGCUUUAAAA